CAAUCAAAAACAAAGAAAAUUAAGAACAUGGAAAUUUGUGUUUCAACUGUCAGUUCAAUUGCGGGCAACAUUUCCAACCGCCUGUUUGAUGCAGCAGGCCAUCAUACUGGUUACCUGCUUAACUACAAUGACAACAUCGAAGGAUUAAGAAAGCAAGUUCUGAGACUCGAGGCUAUCAGAGGUGACAUACAAGUGAAGAUUGAUGCUGCUAAAAGAAACAGUGAAAUUAUUUUACUUGCCGUCCAAAAUUGGAUAUCAGAAGUUGAUAAUGUCUCUGCAGAAGCUAAGAAGUUUUUGGAAGAUGAAAGCAAUGCGAACAAGAUGUGCUUCAGAGGGUGGUGCAUCAAUCUCAGAUUGCGCUACCGGUUCAGCAAGGUGGCAAAGCAGAAGAUAGCAGAGAUCACUCAGCUCCAAGAAGAUGGUAAAUUCCAAACUCUAUCUCAGCCUGCUCCUCCUCUUUCGGGCAUUAUCUUUCCAACUGUGGGAUUUUCUGGAAUUUUCAAAUCCAGAGAAUCAAUCAAGAAUGAAAUUAUGGAGGCCUUGAAAGAUGACAGGGUCAGCAUAAUUGGAAUAUGCGGGAUGGGGGGUGUGGGUAAGACCACACUAGUGAAACAAGUUGGCAAACAAGCUAAAGAAGAGAAGUUGUACGAUUCAGUAGUUAUGGCGGUUGUGUCUCAAACCCCAAAUAUCAUGAAUAUUCAAGCCGAAAUUGCUGAAAUGCUAGGUCUGACUUCACUCUCGGUUAACUCUAAAUCAGCAAGAGCAAGUUCCCUAUGGCAGAGAAUUAAGAAAGAGAAACGAAUCCUCGUAAUAUUGGAUGAUAUUUGGAGAAGAAUUCAAUUGGAGGAGAUUGGCAUUCCUUUUGGGAAGGACCAUGGAGGUUGUGAGAUCGUGCUUACCUCUCGAAGGAAAAAUGUAUGCGAUCAAAUGGGCUGUGACAGGACAUUUACUGUUGGAACUUUGACAAAACAGGAGUCAUGGGCGCUAUUCAAGGAGCUUGUUGGAAUGGAUGUUGAAAAUUCUAUUAUAAGUUCGAUCGCAAGAGAAGUAACCGCUGAAUGUGAUGGUCUGCCGAUUGCAAUCGUGACUGUAGCCAGGGCACUGAAGAACAGGGACAUGUAUGAGUGGCGUGAUGCCUUACAACAACUUAAAAGUUCAACAUCAACAAAUAUUGAAGGAAUGCAUGAAAAUGUAAUUUUAUCCUUGGAGUUGAGUUUCAAUUUUUUGGAAAAUGAGGCAAAAUCUGUCUUCUUAUUUUGCUCUGUAUUUCCUGAAGAUUUUGUAAUUCCUGUUGAAGUCUUAGUGAGAUACGGAACAGGAUUGAGAUGGUUCAAAGGCUUGGGGACAAUUGAAGAUAUUAGAGUUAGAACACAUGCUAUUGUAAGUAACCUUAUCUCUUCUUUUUUAUUGAUUGGGGAAGAAUAUAGUGAGAAAUCUGUCAAAAUGCAUGAUGUAGUUCGUGAUGUUGCACAUAUCAUAGCACCCAAGCACAACCAUACAUUCUUAGUGAAAGCUGGUAUUAGUCUGAAUGAGUGGCUAGAAAGAGAUACAUUUGAAGAUGUCAUGUGUAUCUCAUUGAUGUUAAAUGAUAUUAAAGAGGUACCAGAUGGGAUAGAAUGCCCAAAGUUGCAAUCGUUGCUACUACAAUAA